AACAUGUGUAGUACAGGGAAUUUCUUUACGCUUGACGACCUUCAUAUCUUUGAUGUCUUGAAAUCGUUGUCUGAAUUAUCUAGAAAUUCUGUAGAAACUGAGAGUCACAGAAGCAGGUUUUGCCAUCAGUCUACGGAUAAACUACUAAAGAACUCUCUGUGAAAAUAAUCUUACUAUUCACUUCCACCACGGCUGAUAUCACUAAUGUCAACUCCUCCAACGAUGAGUCGGGAAGUUCUUUCCGUCCUUCGACGCCGAAAAAGAACUUUGGUAAAGGUAACCUGAAAUCUCAAUCAAACGCCAGGCGAUCCGUAAAUGUUGUUAUGGAAGAUUUAUCGAAUUGUUUAAACGAUUCAAGGGUCAGUGUUUCCAGCGACACUUCCGAAAACAGUUUUAGACCAUCAACUCAAAUGAAGAGUCUCGAAUCAAGCAUUUUAAAAUCACAGUCGAGCUCCAAACGAUCCGAGUUUGCUACUCCAGAUGAUGCGUUAAGCUCAAAUGGAGAUCAGUCACAGUGUGGAGAAGGAAACGAAUCAUUGUUGGUACAAGUAACAGGACUUAAGAAACAAAGGGACCGAGGGUCUGAAUGUUCUCACAAAGUGAUUGAAAAGAGGCGCAGAGAUCGCAUCAACACAUCUUUGGGGGAACUUUCCCAGCUGCUUCCAGCUCAGUGUAACAGCAAACAGGGAUCAGGCAAGCUUGAGAAGGCAGAGAUUUUGGAGUUGACUGUGGAGUACUUAAAGGCUCUUCAAGGUCGUCUGGCCCAAAAGCAGGAUAAAGAGAUCAAACCAGAAGAUGAUAAAAAUUCAGUAGAAGCCACUGCAGAACCAAAGAGCAGCAGCACCAAUACUGAAGUCAAGCCUGUCAAUCACUUUGGAGGGUACAAGGACUGCACAGAAGAAGUCUUCCGUUUUCUGGUCAAUGUGGAAGCUAUGGACAUGCAACAGCCUUGUUUUCAAAGACUUAUGGCACAUUUAAGACAUCAAAUCCAGUUGUUGGCUGAAAAUUCAUCAAAUUCAGAAGAUGUGAAUCCCAAAGGAAAGGCCAGUACAGAGAAUGGAAAGCGCAACACAUCAAAGCGAAGCUUUCAGGGUACUAUCUCAUCAUCAUCAUCCACAUCAUCCAGUAUGGGUGAAAUGAGUGGAAGUGGGAGUGGUGGGAAAGUCAAGAGAGCCAGACUUCAUGCACAUCAUAGCAGCAAUAACAAGGUACAGAGCGGGAGCAGCAAUGGGAACAGUACAUCAGGUGGCAGCAGUGACAAUGAUAACAACUCAGACAAUGCCAGAGAAACCCAGAGUGACUCUGCAAUAUGUUUGGAAGAUGACCUUUCAGAGAUGCCAGGAAGUACAGGAAAAGAAGGUGACAAUGGCAACAGAACAAAUGGCAGCAGUGUCAGCAGUGGGACUACAAACAGAAGUGCAAAUGAAACUAGCUCUUCAGCUAAUACAUGUCCCUCUAUGCUUCCACAAGGAGGGAACAUUCCACUGCGUGCUCCAUUUGUACUUCCUCCAUAUGCAGCUCCAACAUAUGCACUUCAUCCAGCUGGUACCCACUACAUUCCAAUUGUCUUGCAUCCUAGUGUACCUGUACCUUCUGCAUCAACAUUUAAUGGUGCUGGACAGAUUCCAUUUGGGAUGAUGGCAUCAGGGAUGAUGCCCCCAGGAGUAAUGCCCACUGGAAUGAUGCCAUCUGCAGCAGGUGGAAUUCCUCCCAACCUCCCAUUUGGUUUCCCCUUUUCAUAUGUUCCUCCAGCAAUGCCCCCUUAUGGAUAUCAAGCACCUCCGAUGGGUUUUCCUUUCCUUAAUGGAAUGAGGAAAGAUCUCUCAGGACAGGGUCAAACAGACCCAGGCAAUGGGGACAGUGGCUCUAAUGGUGAUGACUGCAGCAUUGAAUCACGCAUCUCCCCAGAGAGUAUUGCUAUUCAGACAGAUACACCUUCACCAAGUAAUUCUGGUAAUGAAAGUUCACACACUGAUGAAGGAGGAAGUUGAGGUUUACCAAUUUAGACUGAAUGAUAUAAACUGUAAAAUUUUGAAAACUUAUGUGAGUGGGGUUGAUUUUGGUGGAAUUUCAUGACAGCAGCAUAAUGGCCAAAAAAAAUUUUAUCUUAAAUUAGUAAACAUCAAUGAGAAGCUAAGUAAAUCAUAGAGUUUUUGGAGUCUUCUCCCCAGAGCCCUGUACUGAUAUCUCCUGUGUAUGCUGAUUGUAUAAUAAAGAAGCCAGACCAUAAUGUAUGCUACAACUGAAAUCUUUUAAAAAUAGUACAGUUACAAGCUGUAAAGGGGGCUAUGUACAAAUGACGAGGAUGCACGUUGAAGCUAUUGUAUUAGCUACUGAAAAUUUAGAUGGAUAACUGUUCAUCAUCAUUCUUUUUCACAAUAAAAGGCUAUUAGUUUCAUAGGGCAUAAUGAAGAAGUGGGGUCAAUAGUUUGGCACCUCUCAAGCCAAGUUUUACUCCUGUGUAUGUGUGUAUAGCUAUAAAUAGUCAAGCAAGGAAACUGAAAGUGUGUACAAGAGUAAGUGAAAUUAGUUGAGCUUUUCCUAUUCAAUCCUUCACAGUUCCUAUAUUGCUCCAACUAUGGAGAAUGAUUUAAUAAGGGAAAAUUUAAGUUCUGGAAGAA